AUGGUGCACACCAAUGGUACGGCUGCAAAGCCCAGCACUUUCCUCUUCACCUCAGAGUCUGUAGGACAAGGACACCCCGAUAAGCUUGCUGACCAAGUCUCCGAUGCCGUGCUCGACGCCUGCCUCGCUGAGGACCCUCUCUCCAAGGUCGCUUGCGAGACCGCUACCAAGACUGGUAUGGUGAUGAUCUUCGGCGAGAUCACAACCAAGACGAAGGUCGACUACCAGAAGGUCGUCCGUGAUGCUAUCAAGCAGAUUGGUUACGACGAUUCGGCGAAGGGUUUCGACUACAAGACUUGCAAUGUGCUGGUUGCUAUCGAGGAGCAGAGCCCGGAUAUUGCACAGGGUCUGCACUACGAGGAGGCACUAGAGCAGCUUGGUGCUGGUGACCAGGGUAUAAUGUUCGGCUAUGCUACGGAUGAGACACCUGAGCUCCUGCCAUUGACUGUCAUCCUCGCCCACAAGCUCAACAAGGUCAUGAUCGAUGCCCGCAACGACGGUAGCCUCCCAUGGCUCCGACCCGACACCAAAACCCAGGUCACUGUGGAGUACGAGCAUGACGGUGGCGCGGUCGUGCCCAAGCGUGUUGACACCGUCGUCGUCAGCGCUCAGCACAGCCCAGACAUCACUACUGAGCAGCUACGAAAGGAGAUCAAGGAGAAGGUCAUCAAGGCCGCCAUCCCUGCCAAGUACCUGGACGAGAACACCAAAUACCACAUCCAGCCAUCUGGUCUGUUCAUCAUCGGUGGACCCCAGGGUGACGCUGGCCUUACUGGCCGCAAGAUCAUUGUCGACACAUACGGUGGAUGGGGUGCCCACGGUGGUGGUGCUUUCUCCGGCAAGGACUACAGCAAGGUCGACCGAUCUGCCGCCUACCUCGCCCGUUGGAUCGCCAAGUCUCUCGUCCACGCCAAGCUCGCCCGCCGUGCACUCGUGCAGCUGUCCUAUGCCAUCGGUGUUGCAGAGCCGCUCUCCCUGUUCGUCGAGACUUACGGCACCUCCGAUAAGUCUUCCGACGAGCUCGUCGAGAUCGUCCGCAAGAACUUCGACAUGCGACCAGGUGUCAUCGUCAAGGAGCUCGACCUCGCCAAGCCCAUCUACCGCGAGACCGCUAUCAAUGGCCACUUCACUAACCAGAACUUCAGCUGGGAGAAGCCCAAGGAGCUGAAGCUCUAA